AUGUCGAGCCCAAGUGGGGCUGGACCGUCAGGCGGCGGGGUGGUCCGCAACAGUGCGUUAUCGUUUCUUGCGUCUGCGCAGACCAACCCAGCUGAGAGCGAAUCAAGUUCUCAGGAUGCCAGAGACAUGGGACAGUCAGCAGAUAGAUUAGUGCCGGCCGGGUUGAAGGCACUGUGUGAGGCAUAUUCCACUUUGUACCCCGACCAGCCAAAUCCUCUGCAAGUCACUACAAGACUCAAGUAUUGGCUGGGCGGCCAUGACCCUUUGGACUACAUCAGCAUGUACUGGAACCCUGGAAAACCUGAUGAGAACAUCCCGCCUCAUUGGCAUUAUGUCAGCUUCGGUCUGUCCGACCUGCAUGGAGACGGGCGCGUGCACCCGCCGGCGGACCGCGUGCUGGUCUCCGCGGGCGCUCCGCCCCCGUCAGGCUGCGGCUUCGAGCUGACGCUCCGCCUCGCAGCGACCCACGAGGCGCCGCCGCUGUGGCCCGCGGCGCUGCUACAGGCUCUCGCUAGAUACGUGUUCACUACUGGCAACAAAUUCUGUGCGGGCGACCACAUAUCGUGGCACGCGCCCCUGGACGGCGGGGCGGAGUCCCGGUUGCGGCACCUUCUCAUCGCGGAGGACCCGCAGCUCCCCGCCAUACACACCAGCCAUGGCACCCUCGCCUUCCUACAGAUUGUAGGGUGCACGGGCAGAGAACUCCGCGCUGCACAACGUGGGUCCGGGUUCGAUGUCUUGAAGCUGAUAGCUGACGACCCUCACUGUGGAGGCGCCUGGCUGGUGACCAGAGUGCAGAGGAGAGUCUCCGCUAGAUGUGUGCGUCGAGGGGCGACAUCGGGCGCCGCUCACCUGGCAGGAGUAUCAGCCAGGAUGCGUUGGGAGGCUUGGAACCCGGCGCCAGAAGAGCCGUCCCCCCCCUCGCUGUCUCCUCAAGUCCAGCGGCAGAUCAAGGAGACGCUGCAACGGGGUCUUAGCUCCAUGAGCACAGAUAGAAGUGGCCCUGAAGGUCAUACGGGCAUGUCAACAGAUAGUUUAGGGAUGUCGAGCUUGGAGCGGGCGCUGCCUCAAAUACCAGAGCUGAUGCACGGCUCCUGGAGAGAAGACACCGUGGAAUACUUGGAGGGGGUGCAUGUGGUUCUCAACCCUGAAGGCGCCAGUUUACUGCCGCUGGCCAUACAAGGCCGCGUGCUCCACGACCACCACUUCACGUGGCGCUGCAGCGGGCGCGCGCUCACGGUGCUGUCGCCCGCGGUGGGCGGCGCGCUGGCCACGCCCGCGGCGCCCUACGUCGUCAAGGGCGGCUGGCUGCAGGUGCUCAUACCCAGGGAGCUGGCCGAAGAUAUGGCUAAGGUCGUCGCGAAACUGGAAGCUCUAGCUGACACAGAUUCGGAGCCUGACAGUGACGAAGAGGGAGACAGACAACCGCCUUCGCUGCCGCUCACAUUGACCUGGCCGCGAUACAAGCUGAAGAUCUCUGUGUUAUAUGACCAACAUGUUUUAUAGUAGCGUUGAUAGUUUAGAGCUCUCGUCACACUAUUGGCGUGACGACAAACGCCCACAAUGUGACGAAAGUCUACUGGCGUGACGACAAACGCCCACCAUGUGACGAAAGUAAGACGUCACACUACUGACGUGACGACUAACGCAGUAAAAAGGCGUAAAAGUUAUGUAGAGCUUUAUUAGCUAGACUUCGAACGACGCAUCGUAUAAGUAAAUAACACGCGCAAGUACAUACAGUGACGGAAUGACGUCACGUGAGCAGUGUGACGAAAGCUUUUAAUUAUUUGUAUACCACAAAAUGAAUUAUGUAUGAUUAUAUUAUAUGAAAAUAAAAACAUACUUACUUUUAAA